CCAUGACGACGCGAGGCGUUCGGGAAAAGGCGCCUCAAGCGCCCGGCGGGAAAUACGAUUUACUGGUACAGAUUGCAAGUGUCCGUUUCCCGUCGGUUUAAGUGAAGAAACGAUGCGAGCCCUCACCCUGCCACAUCUCCGAGUCCUUGGAGCUGUCGUGCGUGAGGGCACUGCUUGACAAUGUAGCCUGAAAGUACCAGUAUCAUACUGAUUUAUUUCAGAGUUAACUUCCUGGAGGAAUAUUUCACAUUACUAAAAAGAGUGAUAGGAAGCAUUAUCAUGUCUCUCCCGAAAACAUCCUCACCUUUAAGCUCCCCAGCAUCAUACGAUGGUACAAAGUCAAAAGUAUCUGCAGUCAAGGAGACAAGAGGACUUCCAGAGAUAAGGGAGAAAAAAAAUAUGGUGGAUCGUUCCAAACCCCUUCCUACGUCCCUUCAGAAUGAGUUCAUCCCUGAGGAAGUUCUGCUUUCUCUGACCUGUGCAACCAGUGCUGGUCCUUGUCCUGAAAAUUUACUGCCUCCUAAGAAAGUAAAAACCCCGAAGGGCACCCUUCCACGCGCGGUAGACCAUGUCUGGCAGCACCCUAUUCAAAGGAAUAAAUUCAAAUACUUGAUUGACCAUCCUGUCUCCCUAACAGGAGCUGCAAGGGAUAUUUCUUUUUUGUAUGAUGUCAGAUAUGUAAAGGGGGAGACAAGAGAGAAUGCAGUUUGUCCCCCACAUAAGGGCCAUUCGUUACAAUCCAGAGAUGAUCAUGACAAACAUGAUGGUGUCCUCGUGCCUCACAAGAGAUUGACAGACACUUUAAUUCCUGAAGAAUUUCAUAUUGUGUCAAGUACAGGAGUUUCAGGUUUGGAGUGCUACGAUGACAAAUAUACUACUCUUCUCACGGAUAGUGAAAACAGGCUAUUGCUCUUUCCAUCCAUGAAACCCAACAGAAGAGUGGAAGUGGCCCAGCUGAACGAAGUGAUGGAUACUAUGCUAGAGAGGGCCGGGGUAGAGAAUCAGGAAUAUGUAGGACCAACCAAGAUGCACCAGCUACUGCAUAUGUUAAAGAAGGAGCAGACCAUCUACAACACAGUAUUUCAUGAACUUAUUCGACAAGUCAGUGUGGACUGUGCAGAUAGAGGACAGCUCCUGUCCAAAAUCAGAGAGCGGUAUGUGCAAAUGCUUGACCAAAUUGCCAGGCAGAUGAUUGAAUUCUAUAAAGACCUGGUAACUCAGCGAGUGAUGGAUCAGCGCAUUUUAGAAGAAUUGUAUAAUUUCAAGAGUGUUAUUGAGGAAUUGACCAGGGAACUGUGUCUGGUUCGGUCACAUGAUAUGAAACUAACAAAGGAAGCAGAGAAAGCCCACAAGGAUUUGGCACAAGCUGUUUUAGAUGCUGAAAAGAAUGCCAGGAUUGUAGAAGAAUACCAUGAUUUAUAUACCUUACAAAGAAGAAGGGCGGAGGCUGAUAUUAAGCAGUUAAUGGAAGAAAGAGAUAUCUGGAGCUCAGCCACAUAUGAACUGGCCCUAAAGGUAAUUGAAAGAAAUGGAGUCAUAUUGGCUAAAAGGCUCUACCUCAAUGAAAAAAUCUGGAAUAAAUAUACUAAACAUUUCAUCAAGUUGUUGUCAAACAAGGACACUGCAGACCUUGCACUGUUGGAGAAAUUGACACGCAAAUGGCAAAACUUACUGAACAAAUUUAAACAGGAUGUGGAACAAACUGAAGAGGAAAUAAAGAAGAAAUUGCAAAUUGUUAAGGGUGGCCUUAUCAAAUGGCAGGAGUUCUAUGCAAAUAAGGAAAAAGACGUUCCACCCCCUGAAAAGGAGGGUAUAUUUGAUUUGGUUGUUUCAGACCUCAAGCAGUGGCAAAGGGAACUAAGUAAUGAGAAAGAAAAUUUUACUGGAGACCUCCUAAUAUCAAAAUAUGAUACUCUCAAGAUUAUUAGACAUUUACAGGAAAGCUGGGUAGAUAUUGGAACGGGAAUACUUGGUCGCCAUAAAAGUGUUGAGGGGGAGAUGCCAGCAGAACAACAGUACUUGAUGGAAAUGAUGAAAAACAUGGGAAGACUCUACAGAGACUAUGAAAUAAGAAUAAAUGGGGACAAUGGUGUGUCUAAAAUUAUUGCAAGUUUGAUUGGUUCCCUUGAAUUCUGUUCUUUCAAGUUGGAAAACCUCUCGGAACAUUCUGAGACGCAUCUUGAAGAAUGGGAUGGAGUUAAUGAAAAAAUCAAUGAAAUGAAAUCUCAGUUGGAUUCAUUAUUAAGUAUUUUGGUCACUGCUUCACAGUGCAAGGACACGGAAUCUGGCUUGGCACUCCAAGCACAUAUAUUUAACAUGAUUCGACAAUGGCUUUUGAACAUAGGCAAUGAAAUUAACAACAGUAACACUGAACUUCAGCGCCACAUGGAUGAGUUGCAUAUAUCUAUGGUCCAGUGGAUGGUAAAUUUGCUGAUUAUAAUGAUUCCUGACUUUACUGACCAUUACAGUCUCCCCAAGUUGGAGGAGGAAAGCACUGAGAAACAUGACAUAGGAAUUGCACAGCUAGAACUAGAUGCAAUUGUACUGGCGAAGAAGUUGUCCCAAGAUACCAGCUAUUUGAGCAGUUGCUGCAAAGGGAUGGUAACAGCAAUAGCUCUGAAUAAAGCAGCUCAUGCCAAAAAAAAUCCUGCUAAGGAACUUCGGGAACUGGACAGGAUGAAGAAAGAAUGUUAUGAAUGGAUCAAGACAUGCUCUCACCUCCUUUCUGAGCUCAAAGACAAAAAAAUGAAAUUAUUGACCAAUGAAGAAAAAGAGAAACUACUUGAAGAAGAGGACAUUAUAAAAGAAUUAAUUGAGCCUGGAAUAGACAAGCCUGUGCAAGAGGAUGAAGGGGGAAAUAAGGAAGAUAAGAAACUUCAGCAGGAAGAGGAAGAAGAGAAAGUGGAAGAGGAACCUUCAACAUCUGUAGAGCAGGGAAAACUCAUUCGAUUCAUAGGAGAGGAUGAAAAUGUUCAUACCAAACCUCUAUUUGAAGCAGAUGCAUUGUCUUCCUGGAGAGAAUCGGCUAACCAAGGUACACUGACCCAAAAGUAUCUUGAAGCAAUGACUGUAAUUGAACAUAUGCAGGCAAAGUUAAUGGAGGUUGAAAGCAGAGCCAGAACGGCGGAGGAGAGGUUUGAGGAUGUAAAUGAAAAGCUUCAUUAUACCCUCAUAAGAAAUACAGAUCUGGAGAAGGAACUAGAGGAAAUAGGCGGUAAGCUGAAAUCAGGGUCUGAAAAAGAAGAGGAAAUUGAAGAAGAAAAAGCAGAGGAGAAAGAAGACAAAGAGGAGGAGGAGGAAGUCAGGCCAGUCGAAAGUGUCACACAACCUCAAAAGAAAGAGGCAACACGCGUUACUAAAUCCAAAAGCCGGACUAAAUCCAGUAACAAGCCCAAGUCCAAGUAGCAUCCGUAGAGCACAGGGGUUCACAGUGGCUGCAUCCACUGAAUACAUCAGACAUCGCUGAUCUGUGGAACUGACAACAUGCCUCACUUGGAGAUUUCCCCUUGCAACAGCUGCUAGAAGGGCCACAGUAUACAACCCAAGAGCAUUUGCUCACAAAAAGCACAACAGUGGCUAAGGGACUCGGUGUACUAGUUUACUUUCCAGAUUAAAAACAGUUUACAGAAAGGUUUGCUAGCCUCUCUGAUUGGUUUCCUGAAAGAUCUGUGAAAAGUGUUGGUUUCUAUCAGGAAAAUAAUGCUUUUGGAAGACUCUGAACCCUGCAGAGAAGACUGGCAAAUAAAAAACUUAAUUUUUUCAA